AUGGCAGAAGUUCCGAAGAAGUCUCGAGUAAAUAGGGGUGAUAGACCUCAACAAAGGAAUCGAAAAGGAUGGAAAAAAAAUCCUAAAAAUCCAGACGGAACAGAAUCUAAAGAAGAAGAAGAAGAACUAGAAGAAUACGAACAAUGUAUAAUUUGUGCUAAUAAGAUACAAUAUGCAUCCAUACCACCAUGUAAUCAUACUACAUGUCAUAUGUGUACUUUCAGACAGAGGGCACUAUACGGCAAAACAUUGUGUUUGGUGUGUAGGUCAGAUAACGAGAGAGUGAUAUUUUCGGAACAAAUAGAGAAGGUAUAUACGGAUUUUGGAUCCUCGGACAUAGUAAAGUCAGAUUCGAAACAUAAUGUUGAUUUUACUGCCGAAUAUGUUUAUGAUGAUACGUUGGGAUUAUUGGACUAUAAGUGCAACGUGGGCGGAUGUUAUGAGAAGUUCCUGGGAUUCAAGGCUCUUUCUGAGCAUGUCAAAACCGAGCACAACAAGUAUUAUUGUCUAAUAUGCUCGAAGAAUAAGAAAGCAUUUGUGUGUGAAUUGAAACUAUACACAUAUAAACAAUUGCAGAGGCAUCAAUCCGAAGGAGAUGAAGAGGGAUUCAGCGGACAUCCCGAAUGUAAGCAUUGUCGAGGAUUAAGAUUUUAUUCAGAAGAUGAGUUGAAUAUCCAUAUUAGAGAUAAGCAUGAAAGAUGUCAUAUUUGUGACCAAGUAACGCCUAAAACGGCGGAUUAUUAUAAAAACUAUGAGGAGUUGUAUACUCAUUUCAGGAUGGAUCAUUAUGUAUGCACGGUUCCAAGUUGUCUUGAUAAAAAGUUUAUCGUUUUCAGAGAGGACUUAGAGUUGACCUCGCAUAUGUUAAAGGAGCAUGGUGGGCUUACCGGAUCUAACGGAAAAGUUAUUGUGGGAAGUAGUGGUAACCAAUUCCAAUCGGUUUUAUCAACAUUCAAUGGAUCGGUGAGUGCACCAUCAUCAUCAGGACAAUAUAGAAGAAGAAACAAAAAUAACAAUGAUUCAAAUGAGGAAAUUGAUUCAUAUGAUACCAAGAAAAUGAGAUUAGAAGAGAGAGCUAAACAUUAUUUGCAUUAUAAUACUUCCAGUAUAAAUGAGUUUUUAAAAAUUAAUACUGCCUAUAAAUCGGGUAAUAUUACCGCUAAUGAUGUUUUAAAAGAAUACCAAGUGUUGUUUGAUAAAAGAGAUAAAUCAGAACUCAGUAUGUUAAUCUACGAAUUGUCGGAAAUUUUUCCAAAGAACUCUGAACAACACAAGAACUUGAAAUCCAUUUCAAAUGAACUACAAAUUGCCUCUGAUGCAGAGCAAUUCCCGGUUUUGGGUGGCUAUGCUUCCCCAAGUUCUACUGCAAACAUUCAUUCAUGGGGUGGUAACAGAAAGGUUGGUGCGGACAAUUUUCCUACCCUUUCAAAACCAAAAAAGUCUACCUCACCUCAAGUGAAGGUAAAUCAGCCAAUUAGAUAUACUAAGGUUGUGAGAAAGGUAGGUAACAAAAUCACCCCUGUCACAAUCAACCUGGGAGCAGAUCCAAGUUACAAACCCAAUUAUCUUAGUAAUUUGAAAGAUAAAAACUCAUCUGCCUCGUCAUUACCUUCAUUAGGCCAAUCGAGAUCUAAUCUGCCUAAUCCAAUUCUUGCAACUGGAAAAGCCCACUCUGCUAGCUCCCUGAGUUUGUCAGAAUCAAAAUUCCCAGCUUUGGAAAAGAAAUCAACCAAGAAGGUCUUCCCAAGAGUGAAGCUGGUAAAUGUCGAUCCAACUCAAUGGGGUUCUUCUUCUACUCCUCAAAGUCCUGAGUCCGACAAUGUGUUUGAAGAACUAAUCACUGAUAAGAGAAAACAAAAGAUGAAGAAAAAACAAGAAAAGCUUUUGUUUAAAACAUAG